AUGGCCACAUAUGCCUCUCGUCACCCUAGCAGCUAUGCUACCCAUCAAAAGACUCUGCCCAUCAUCGUGCCCAAGACUCCUACUUAUAGCUAUCCCGUCUCCAAAGUAGCCGUGUCCCCGCCAGAGCUGCCCGACACCGGCACCUCUUAUGGCGGAAGUCGGACAUCUGCCGGCUCCUACUCGGCAAGAUCCAGCAAUUGUGAUUACGCCCCGAGCUUGAGCAGCGGCGAUUAUGACUCCUACAACCCACCUCCUGGCGUCGACGUCGUCGACAUGCUCAGCGACAGAAUGAACAGUGCAUUUGAACCCAUCCGAAUGGACCGCGCGCUGGCCAAGCAGGCGCAAACGUCCGGCCAGCUCAACGCCAAACAGCGAGAACUGCAAGAACUGCAAGCUCUCGCGCAAAGACGGUUGAAAACCGCGAGAGUCAACUUUGCGGAAGGGGUUGAAGCCGCCCGCGAGGCCCGGAGAGACAUCGAAUACACGUCCAAGAAGAUGUCGUAA